AUGAUGGUCGAAAGCUCAGCCCGUUUUCACUCGAAACGAGGGAGGAAGUCUUGUGGACUGCGUCAACAUGAACGUCGUAUUAAAGCCAAUUGGCUGCAGUACAACGAGGUUCAUCUGUCCUCUUCUGGUGAGAUCGACGUACGAAUCUCUUCUUCACGUACUUUGAUGCGAAAUGAAAGUCCCCCCAACGAGCUUUGGCUUCCCUGGAAUGAUACAGUUUGCCGUGUGAUGCACUGGCGCCCUUGGAUGUGUAGGAGAGCCGUUAAUGAGACGACUAUAUUCACGAGUCGGGCUCGAGUCCAUCUGGGGAUGAUGUCAGACGAGUUCAGAUAA